ACCCUGCAAACCCCUCCUAUAAAUGGGCGCUGCAACUCAUCACUCUCCAUCACCAUCCUACAAUAACAUAUUCAUCAUACGAAAAAAAGUAGUGAGUUUUGGGGAAAAAAAUAUAUAAUUAAUGAUGAGUUCAAAGUUGUUCCUCUUCCUUGGCCUUUCUUUGGCCGUUUCUCUCCUCAUUGCUUCUGAGGUCUCGGCCAGGGAAUUGGCCGAGACUAUGGUUCAUGCUUCCUCUGACAGUAAGUACAUGCAUGAAUAUCGUUUAAUUUUCUGCAUCUAUGAUACGAAUAAUAUAAAUUUGAAUUUUUUUCAUUACAAAUUUUGAUGUUUUUGUGUGUAAAAAUUUAUUAACUUUAACUUGUUUUAGAAAAUUUUGCUCAUAUAAGACUAAACGAUAGUAUGUUUCCCUGAAAAGGACUAAGAACAUUUUAUUCUCUUUAUGUCACAUAAUUUUAUAUGAUCUGCCAUAUAUGUUCUCAUUAACAAAAAAUAUUGGACAAUGGCUGAUUACGAAUGACUCUACGAAUAUGGUCGUUUGCUAUACAAAUGGCUCUACGAAUGUGGUCAUUAGCAACAAGUAUUAAAUAAUUGUAUUAGAUAAUGACUAAUUAUUUUAAUGACUAUUAAAAUCUUUUUUAAUAAUGUCUUAUUUUACUUGAAUUAUGUAAUUGGUCAUUUUUAUUAAAGGCAUGACAUUUUGGAACUUUGUAUUGCGCUUUGUUUUACAAUACGCCAUGCAUGCAUGCAUUAUACGCCUCUAUCUAUCUUAUUUUUGAGUAAAAAUAAUAAGUACGGAGUAUAAAAAUCAUUAUGCUUUGGUACAGCAACCGAAGCUGAUAAAAGAAAUGAGCACAUAGACGGAUACGGACAUGGCGGGCAAUACGGAGGCGGCGGUGGGCACUACAGAGGCGGGGGCGGGCACUAUGGAGGCGGCGGCGGGCAAUAUGGAGGUGGUGGCGGGCACUAUGGAGGUGGCGGCGGGCACUAUGGAGGCGGUGGCGGAGGAGGACACUGCAGAUACGGUUACUGCAGAUACGGGUGCUGCGGGUAUAAGGGGGAGGCGGCUGAUAUUGCGGCGGCGGCGGAGCCUUAAUUUAACAAAUAAUAAAAGCCAAUUAUUCGAUCAUCCCAUGCAGCUAUAUAUACGUACUACACUGGGAUUCGAUCGAUAGAGCUUGCUUCCAUGGGGGUGCACUACGUAUACUGGGACAUGCAUGCAUGUGUCUUUGUAUAUGUAUUUGUAUUUCUUAUAAUAAUUAAUCUCUAUCUCUGUGUGUGUGGAGGACAUGUAACAAUAAUGGUUAUACAGUGGUGUUGUACGUAUUGCACGUACCGUACCUCUUUCUCUAAUGUAUUAAUUAAUGUUCAAUAAUAAGUGCUACUCAUCCCCCCAUUUAGAUUAUUGGUUGUUCAAUUCCACCAUCUGCUAGGCACAACAUCUAUUUGCCCAAUAAUCAACUAUUAAUGACCUA